CCCGCUAUUGGUCCGAUUGAGGCGGCCGAAAAGUCCUGAUUGGACGCUCCUUGGCUAGCAAAGAUGGCGGCCGCCGCAGCUAGCCGGGCCGUCGGUACCAAGCUGGGGCUGCGGGAGAUUCGCAUCCACUUAUGCCAGCGUUCGCCGGGCAGCCAGGGUGUGAGGGAUUUCAUCCAGCGACGUUAUGUGGAGCUGAAGAAGGCGCACCCCAGCCUGCCCAUUCUAAUCCGGGAAUGUUCCGAGGUGCAGCCCAAGCUCUGGGCCCGCUACGCUUUUGGCCAAGAGAAGAAUGUGUCUCUGAACAAUCUGAGUGCUGAUGAGGUAUCCAGAGCCCUGGAGAAUGUGCUGAGUGGCAAAGCCUGAAGUGUCUCCACUGAGGACUGUGAGCAAGAGCACCAGAACCUGGGCUCUACUAGACUGGAUACAGUGUGGGGAAAUGUGUUCUUCUGUUCCUUAUAAAGUUUAUCUAUGUACA